AUGUACAUAUUCCCGCCUGGUCUCGCCCGUCGGACACCACGACUCGCCCCGACAAUACAAACGCCAUCGAAGCAAUACUACCACCGUCGCAAGCAAUCAUCCUAUCCACGUACCAUAAGACCAUCGAAGACCGAACUAGAAAAUAACAAACUCACCCCACAAAAUCUCGAAACCGCCAUCCACUCCCUCUUCCACGACGGCCUAGUCAUUAUCGAAAACGCCAUUCCACACGACCCCCUCGACCACCUAAACACAAAAAUGAUCCAAGACGCCUACACCCUGCAAUCCAGAAAAGAGAAUAGCCCUUACAAUUACAACCCAGGGAACAUCCAACAAGAUCCACCCCCGAUAAGAGAAUAUCUCCACAAAGAAAUCUUCCUGAACCCACUCGCCAUCCAGAUUACUUCAACAGCCCUAGGCCCCCGUCCCAAAUGGACCUUCUGCUCAGGUAACACCGCCAUGCCACCAACCAGUACCUGUCCCCCCACAUCGCAGCCCGUACACACCGACGCGGAUUUCGAUCAUCCAUCGCAUCCAUUCGCCUACGUUAUUAACGUCCCCUUGGUUACGAUGACGCCUGAAAACGGAUCCACGGAGAUCUGGCUCGGCACGCACGUGGACUCGGGUCUGCAUGUGCAGGAGGGAGCGCAUGGCACUGAUCGAGCUAGUGGGCGGAUCAAGGUACAGGAGGUGGAGAGACGUCGCACUGUGAGAAUGCCCUGUCAGCCUGUUGUACCGAAGGGGUCGUUGGUGAUUCGGGAUUUGAGGCUUUGGCAUGCGGGCAUGGGGAAUUGGACGGAAGAUGUGAGGGUUAUGUUGGCUAUGAUUCAUUUCGCGCCGUGGUAUCGGAACAGAAUGAGAUUGGAGCUUGCGGAGGAGUUGAGGCCUAUGGUGGAGAGGGAGACGAGGUUGGAGGUUCCGGUUGAUUGGAUGUCGGAAGAGCAGGUGUUGGAAAGGUAUCUGAAUCGGGGAUUUGGGAAUGAGUAUGAUUUUAGUCAGGAGGUGUAG